UGUGACCUGACGACCUUGUCCAACCAAAAUGAAUGCAAUAUAAAAGGAGCUCUUAACAUAUGCAACCAUAUCAGUUGUUUAAUAACAAUCAGUUCAACAUGUUCUCCAAAAUAGUGGUGGCGAGCUGCGUGCUGGCGCUGGCGGCGGGCGGGCUGCUGCCCGAGCCGCACUACUCCGCCGCCUCCGCCGUCUCCUCGCAGAGCAUCGUGCGUCACGACCAGCAACACCAGUACCAGCACGCCAUCGCCGCGCCCGUCGCCAAGAUCGCCUUCGCCGCCGCGCCCGUGGCCUACCACGCCGCCCCCGCACACUACUCGUCCGCCGCGGCCGUCUCCUCGCAGAACAUCGUGCGUCACGACCAGCCCCAAGCCCACCACCUCGUCCACGCCGCCCCCGCUCACUACGCCGCCGCCCCCGUAGCCUACCACUCCGCCCCCGCUCACUACGCCCAGCACGAGGAGAUCGCGCACCCCAAGUACGAGUACUCUUACUCCGUGGCCGACUCCCACACCGGCGACAACAAGUCGCAGCACGAGAGCCGCGACGGUGACGCCGUGCACGGCGAGUACUCUCUGGUCGAAGCCGACGGCUCCGUGCGCACCGUGCACUACUCCGCCGACGCCCACAGCGGCUUCAACGCGGUCGUGAGCCACUCCGCGCCCGCCCACCACGCCGCGCCCGCCCACCACAGCAUCGUGCGUCACGACCAGCAACACCAGUACCAGCACGCCAUCGCCGCGCCCGUCGCCAAGAUCGCCGUCGCCGCCGCGCCCGUGGCCUACCACGCCGCCCCCGCACACUACUCGUCCGCCGCGGCCGUCUCCUCGCAGAACAUCGUGCGUCACGACCAGCCCCAAGCCCACCACCUCGUCCACGCCGCCCCCGCUCACUACGCCGCCGCCCCCGUAGCCUACCACUCCGCCCCCGCUCACUACGCCCAGCACGAGGAGAUCGCGCACCCCAAGUACGAGUACUCUUACUCCGUGGCCGACUCCCACACCGGCGACAACAAGUCGCAGCACGAGAGCCGCGACGGUGACGCCGUGCACGGCGAGUACUCUCUGGUCGAAGCCGACGGCUCCGUGCGCACCGUGCACUACUCCGCCGACGCCCACAGCGGCUUCAACGCGGUCGUGAGCCACUCCGCGCCCGCCCAACACGCCGCGCCCGCCCACCACGCUGCGCCCGCCCACUACCUCCACCACUAGGCCGACAUCUACCUG